AUGGCCGAACACGCUGCAGCAGUGCGGAGAAAUGACGCCAGCUCUCAAGUUGCGGCUCAUUCGACGGGUUCCGGCCACACAUCCAACUUUCACGAGGCCGAAAUUCUCGCAAGAGGUGACAACCGCGUGAGCCGGGAGCUGCUUGAGUCAUGGUUCACUGGCCCCCAGUCUAUUAACGAGUGCAAUGAUCUUCCCAUUCAAUACUGCGUGCUGAGACUUCGUCUAGGCGGAGAAAUUGGCCACGCGGGGAGCGCCCUGAUGAACACUCCUCCCAACACCAGGGUCAGUGCGUCAGAUGGUCGAGCAAUCAUCACACCAACAUCCAACGCACGUGAUGAAAUUGCAGCAAUUAACGACGCGAAUAUCGACCAUCACGCCACGUGCAACGAUCCCUGAUGAAGGGGAGGGAGCCGUGAACAUUCAUAGGUAUGCGGUGGCAUGGCUACGGCAUCCUAUAAAUACUGCAGUCACAUGUGCAUGAACCACCCUUAUCUGCUUAUGUCUCUGAUGAUGGAUUCGAGCAGGAAUCCGAAACGUCAGGUUAAUAAAGCUCUUGUCCCGGCGAUCGUGUCUUCUUCUUCAGAACUCCGUUGUCUUAGCGGGAAACGUCGAGACCUUCAAAAGAAGACUAGAUGACUUUUUGCUUGAUGGUCAAACAUUUACACGAUAUCAAUGACUGGCGUAACUGCUAUGUAAAUAUCUGCAUGUUUUGUCAUACGUUUAUCUGUGAAUAGGGUUUUCCAAGGCUCUGCCUAUAUCCCUCAUAUAUACUGAAAAAAGGCAGCUGGAAGACGAACUGAAUCCGCUUGACAUUUCGACCCCUUACUAGAAAGCAUCAUCAGAGAGAUCAGCGGUCGAGGAAGUUGGAUACGCAGCAGCUCAGCAGCAGUAGCAUUGAGCCAGGGUGGAGACUUCUCUGCUCGUAGAUUAGAGGGGAGCAUAUUACCAUCGAACUGCGUUUUCAUUGAAACUUGCUGUCAAAAUAAAGUGACCCGGUCCGGAGUGAUCAGGAGCGGUUUAACCCCAAAACGACAUCAGGAUGCUAGAAGUAUGAAACUGCACAAAAAAUGACUUCGUAUGACGCAAUUUUGGGAGAAUAUCUUAGCCUGAAAUCCGAUUUUUAUCCCCCGGGUCGCAGACCGUAUUUGGGCUGCUGUGCCAGUAUAAGCACUACUUUGGAGCUGGGUAACUGACAUUUUAGCCGAUUUUCAGAAAUGCUUUUCGAUGAGAAGGGAUUACCUGGGUGAGGUUGUAAUAUUGGGAGUAGGUUGGCCCCGCUAAGAUGCUGGCUUUUGAGUGCAUCCUUUCUCAGUUGCCUGCAGAAACACCUCCUAGCUUACAAGGAAUACCUUAGGAUUAUGCGUUUUUCACAUUUAUUUGCGGUGCCUUUAUAAAUGCAGGUACAUAUUAUACUAAUUAUACUCAAAAAUACACUAUCUUGCACAGAUUUGGAGACAAAUUACGUCUUUAUCAAUUUUUCUACUUGAAGAAAAGGUAGCUUUCGGUUCUGAAAGUCACCGGUUAUGAAAUUUGUUAGCAACGUUAAAUGUCCAUUCAUACAACUUUGUAUAUGAACUUUGAGUAAUGCUCCUCAUUAGGCAAGCAGCAUUGUCGCAUCCAUUACAAGAUUCUAUGAGCACUUUAUGGUUUCUUCGUAAUGGUACGGGGGAAUGUGUGAUUUUCAUUACGCGGAAAGUGUACAGCUUGCAGGCUGAAAACGCUAGACACAACUGCAACGGCUGAUCAGGCUCUAGAUUCUUCGGGAAUCGGAAAACUUUCAGACCAAAAGCGACUCUUUCUUGGAGUACGGAAUUUGAACAAAACACGAUUUACUACGGAAUGAGUACAAGAAAAAAUAUUUUUGUGCAUAAUAACAUUGCUGACAGAGACAAGGGAGACUGGAAUAGCCAUUUCUGCCUUAUUAGCCGUCGUCAGCCAGUCAUACCCCAAACUCGAGGUGUGGAACACCUGGAGCUCGAUCCCGCGACAUGUUGGUUAGAAGUCCAACGUCCUAAAUACCGAGCCUCGGGCUCGUUGUCCUGUCGGUUGUGAUCGGGAAUAUACAUACAAUGGUAGAAGGGCGCUCACCAAUAGUGUUACGGAACUCACUCGUCCCCUUGUGCCUAAGGCUCUCUCGCUCUGUCUCUCUCUCUCUCUCUCUCUCUCUCCCUCUCUCUCUCUCUCUCUCUCUCUCGAGCUCAACCAGCAGCCGCACAGCGACACAUAAUAUAGGCGGAAUAGCAUUACAGAAAAAGACAAGGGAGACUGGAAUGGUCAUUUCUGGCUUAUUAACCAUCGUCAGUGUCCCACAUUUCGAGGUUGGGUGUGACUGACUGACGACGGCUAAUAAGCCAGAAAUGGCCAUUCCAGUUCCCUUGUCUUUGUCGGUAAUGCUAUUCUAACUAUCUAUCACGCGCCGCUGCGCGGCAGCUGGUUGGGCUCGAGAGAGAGCCCUAAGUCACAACGGGAAGAGUGAAUUCCGCAACGCGAUCGGUGAACCCCCUUCUACCAUUUUUGUGCAUAUUUUCUAUACUAUUUAUUUUAAUAUAUGGAGGCACCGAAAAUCAAAGGAAAAUGCAUACUACUUACGGCGCCAUUUUCUGCCGGGCGCGGUUUUUGCAAACAGUCAAAAAGAAGUGCAUCCAAAAGCCGAAAUUCAGGUGAGUCUGAAAUACCACCGAAUUAUACCGUAUGAUAAUCAAUAUUACCAACCUCGCUUAAGCGAUCCUUCUUAAUCGAAAGCCUGUCUUAGUGUCUCCGUUAAAAUUUUAUGAAAUCAGCCACUGACUUGUUGGGGGCUAGGGGGUUGAGAGACAGAGCAGUACAUCGAAGGAUGCCAACGCUGUCGGGAGAAUGGGAAGUUGAUUAGAAGUAGAAGCGAUCGCUGGAAUACGAGUUUUAUUCGCCUGACGUUUCGGAUUCUCGCUCGAAUCCAUCAUCAGAGACAGUGACAGAUAUGGGUGAUUCGUGCAUAGGAAGUUGCAGUAUUUGUAGGAUGCAGUCGCCAUGCUACCGCAUACCUAUGAUGAUUAACCGCUCUCCCCUUCAUCGAGGAUUGUUGCCCGCUGGUGCGCUAAUUACUUGAUGGCCGACAUGCAAGUUGCUAAUUGCCGAAAUCUCAUCUAUGUUGAAUGCUAGCGUGAUGACUGCUCGACCAUCUGACUCACCGGCCUGCGUGCUCCCCGAGUGGUCAAUUACUUUGGCCAGACUGUGCCUUGGCACCGAAUAUGGAGUGGGGAUGUCGUUGCACUUGUUGGCAAACUAAGGUCCCGUGAGCCAUGACUCAAGCAACUCGCGGCUCACGCGAUUAUCCCCUCUUGCGAGAAUUUCGGCCUAAUCUAACUUGAAUACGUAGCCGGGUCUCUUCGAAUGGGCCGCUACCUGAGAGUUGGCGUCAUUUCUCCGCACCUCUACCGCGUGUUUGACGAUUCGCCUCCAGAGCAGUCUUCCAGUUUCUCCGACGUAUUUGCUUUGGCCGCAACUACACCAGAUCCGGUAAACGACUCCAGAUGUUUCUUGUCGUGGCAGUGGGUCUUUUGGUCUUAUCACAUGACGCCUAAUGGUGGCCUCCGGUCUGUGUGCAACUCCAACCCCUAGUGGUGCUAGAAGGCGACUAACGCCUUCGGAGACGUUCUGUAUGUACGGGAUCGCUCGUCGGCGCGAUUUUGUCGCCCGUCUCGUUUGCUCACUCACCGGUUGACGAAGUUGCGCGGGUAGUCCUUUUCUCUGCUUGUAUCGGCAGAAUUGGAAGUAUACGCUCGAAUGUGUGCCUGGGGUUCUGAGCUACGACUCCACAACGUGUCACACUCGAGAGGCGCUGGACCGACGCGGAGGCUAAAUGAAGGCACAGCAUCUCUAAUCAGGCUGCACAUGGGGCUGUAGCAACACGCCUAGACGAAUACCCAAGACGCGCCAGCUUCUUGCGCCUGACCCUCGCAUCAAGUGGCCGAACGGCCCUGCUAGCGUACUGGUGCCUGAGAGAAGGAAGAGGACGUGAAGGCGACUCUGGGGCCAGAAUCCCCACUGCGUUUCUGUGAGUUUUCUCACUACCAACAAAAUGCUACGAUGCACUAAAAAAACGUGGUUUAGAAGGCUGCCCUACUGAUGGGAUAACUUGCCCUCCUCACAGGAAUGAAUGUUGUGACUCAUCGUGCGCAGACCAAGUAAUAGGUGGUCCGUGUGCACGGGCUGCUUGGCCGUGUCAACCAUUGCGCCCAGCCCGGCUUUGGGUGGGUGGGGGAUGAGGAGAGGAAAGUGCGUUAGGUGCAGUUCAAGUCAGCUCUCACUAUAAGCUAGUAAAUGCGCACGUCACCGCCUCUGAGCGCACCAUUCUGUAGUGCAAACGGUGGACAUCGCGUUUGUGGUGUCGACGUUCUGAGAACCUGUCAGGCCAAGAAAACUCGAGUCCUCCGUGGGACAACCUACUUCUAACCCUGUCCCCUUUUAAGUUUGAUAUCGCGCACACAGAGCACGCGUAGCACCCCAACACGGUCUACACUAGGUGUCGGACUCGGACUGACAAGCCACCACCGCAUCAGUUACGACCCCAGCGGUGAUUGCGAGAGCUGUUAUUUACAGCGCGCAUAUGGUCCCACGGCAGCCACGUGCUAUAACUACUGCAUUCCUUCUGCCACCUUUAUCUGCGAAUGUCUCUGAUGAUGGAUUCGAGUGAGAAUCCGAAACGUUAGGCCAAUACAUUUCUUGUUCCAGUGAUCUCGUCUUCGUCUUUUGAACUGUUACCUGGAACGCGCCUGUUCGCUUCUAUCAGUUAUUAUACGAUGUCUGCAAUCCAAAGCAGUCACCCUCAAACGCACCACACUCUUCGUCUUAGUUCUUAGCGGUUGAGGACUUGUAGAAAUCAGCUGAUGUCAGGCCGGCCGCCCUAGUUUCUAGGGUACAAAACAGUAGACUGGUCGACGAAUGCAGUUUUUUAAGGCGAAAAUGAUGCCAACUCCCUCACAUGUUGCUAAAUCAGUUUUCGUCCCGUCGGAUGAAAUCGUGCUUGCCCACGUACAUACGUACACCGCCAUUACUGAGGAUUGUGGAAAAAGUGCGUGAACAGCUGGCACUCGCAUGACCGUGAGAGCAUCAUUUUAAACGCUGAGCACGAUCCUCUAAGCCCCCGUGUUUUGCUCAUUCCCAGUUCUACAGAAGUGUCCAAAUUUACCCAAUAGAGCACUCAACGACUUCCAUGUUGGCCGGCUGAACUCCGUGUAGUGUGAUGGGUGUUCGACGGCCGUCCACGCGGGGCGACCCAUAUGCGCAUGCACCCAACCGUCUGUUCGCCGGCUGUUCUACCAACUGGCGACGCAAUCUGUUUCUCACACAGGCGCGCUCGCUGGCGCGCGCGCGCGCGCGUACACACCCAGAGAGAGAGAGGUCUCCGCACGUCAGGGUUUGCGAGUCCUAUUCAUCUGGCAUGGCAUGUGCGGACACAGAACCACCCACAGUUGAUUCCCGGGGUGCAGGCAACGCGUGAGCGCGCAUGCACAGACGGUGUGCUCAAGAGGGUCGCUGAUUCCAACUGCGCGUGUCUCCAGCCAGCUGGUCAGCUUGCCUACACAGCACCAGCUGCGGCAGCGGCGGCGGCUGGCAUAUGGGCACCAUUUGGUCAUCCAGGAGAGGGGGUGGAGAGGCGACUGCUGCUACACCGGGUGAGUGGUUGGUUUAGGAUCUUGGUCAAAAACCGACAUCUGUUCCCUACUCACUCCCCGAUCAAAUCCACCUCUCCAGGUUACACGUGUGGUUGAGGUUUUUGCCAGUCCAAGUCGUGGACCUAAAAACUAUUUACCAGCAGAUCUGUAUGAUAAUGGUGGCAGUAGUUGUGGCCGAUGUGGUUUUGGUGAUAAGGAUAGUGGUAGUAUCUGUGGUGAUGACGAUGAUGGUGAUGAUGGUGGGGGGGGGAGGUAGUACUAAUAUUAGUGGUGGUAUUAGUUGUAGCACUGAUAGUACUAGCUGUGGUAGAUAUGGUACAGUUAGUGGUAUUUUUUGUUAGUCCAAGCCAUGUGCAAAAAGAACAUUAUCGUGCAUUGCUUACUUGGUACGGCUGCGAUCAUGCCUAAUCUAGCAGGCCCCGAUGAUAUCCCUUAUCGUGCAGGAAUAUCUGGCUGUUGCAUCCAUCGUCAUAGCGGUAGUAAUAGUGGUGGCAGAACUUGUUGCGUUACCUGUAAUACCAGUAGCGCAAAUAGCAGUGACUGUGGGAGGUUUGGCCAAUUUAGUGAUAUUGAGGCUGAGUGCACCUCAACUACUACUACUACUACUACUACUACUACUACUACUACUACUACUACUACUACUACUACUACUACUACUACUACUACUACUACUACUACUACUACUACUACUACUACUACUCCUACUACUACUACUACUACUACUACUACUACUACUACUGCUACUACCAAUCAUCAUGA